UGGGGAAGAGGAGGGGAGGCUGCGAUCCUCCCGCUGCCCUCGCACACGGGGCCAGGCGUGGGGAGGAAAACGUCUUAAUUUGAUAUUCAGGGGAUCAAGCAGCUGCAGCAGAGCUGCUGCCGGAGCGGGAGCCUUCAGCAGCGGGGCUGCCGUCCCGAAGCGUCCGGCUCUUUCCCGAGGUCCCGGUGUCCUGUCUCGCCUCUGCUGGAGCCUGCGCGGAACUCGGCACCGCGGGGCCGCGGUUCCUGCCGCCGUCGGAGGGAAUUUUGCUGUCGGGUGAAAAUAAGAGCUGGGAAACGGGUCUGGAUGUGAGAAACGGGUGUGAAUGCGGGAAAUGGGUCUGCACGCGGGACUGCGGUUGCAGAGAGGAGGAAAAGGCUCUGAGAAGCGUAGCUGCCGGUGCUGCUGAGGGGCACGGCGGAUGACGACGUCCCCUGCCCUGGGUACCUGUUUGAGGAGAUCGCCAAGCAACUCCUGCCGUGUCAAGCUGAAGGUGCUGAAGAUUCUGGUGCACACUUGCGCCCAGGGCUCCCCUCACUUCGUCCUGCAGCUGAAGAGAAACGCCUGCUUCAUCCGGGAGGCAGCAGCAUUCACCGGCCCCCCAGAUCCCCUCCACGGCAACAGCUUGAACCAGAAGGUCCGGGUGGCUGCGCAGGAUUUGGCCGGCCUUAUCUUUUCGGAUGCGCCGCUGCCCCAGCCUGCCACGCUGCCUGCCCGCCCCGUGCCUCCCGCGGGCAUGGGCUCCAGCCCCAGCCCCUGCGGCUCCCUGCAAGGAUUUGGCUUCAGCAGUGAGAAAAGCGGCUCCGCUUCGACGGGGGAAGCUCUGCUCAGCACCAUCCAGCGAGCGGCCGAAGCAGUGGCCCACGCCGUGCUCCCCUCCCCGGAGGGGCCCCGGCCUCAUCGCCGGGAGCUCCACGAAGACGCCUACGAGCCCGUGAGAGCCCCCUCGCCCCCCAGGAGCGCGGCGGGGGCUCUGAAGCCACCAGCACCCACCGCAGCGCACAGCACCCGAGUGAGGCACCAGCCGGGGCUGGCCGGGGGCGGCUGGGAGGAGGCGGACAGCGGGCACAGCUCCCAGGACUCCUCGCAGGGGAACGGCGAGUUGAGCCGCACCUCGGACUCCUGCAGCAAAUCGGGCAGCGACAGCCACUCCGGGGCCAGCCGGGAGCUGAGCCACGCGGCCGAGAGGGUGGAUGCUGACAGCCUGGGCGACUGCGUGCGGGAGGUGAGCCUGGUGUCGGCGCUGACCCGCGGUGCCAGGGUCUUCCUCACCAGGGAGGAAGCACAGCACUUCGUCAAGGAGUGCGGGCUGCUGAACUGCGAGGUGGUGCUGGAGCUGCUCGGCCGGGCGCUGGAGGAUCCCAGCGACAGCGUCCGCAUGAGGUCCAUGUGCGCCAUCUCCUCCCUCAUGUGCUCCGACCUGCUCUCCCUGGACCAGAUCUUUGCCGUGACUCGCCAGCACCUGCAGCAGCUCAGCCAAGGCAGCCCCGGCCCCGUCGCCAACCGAGCAACGAAGAUCCUGCGGCAGUUUGAGGCUCUUUGCCGAGGCCAGCCCCCCCCAAAGAGCGCACCCCUGGACUCGGACCCCUCCGCCCUCACCGCGGGCUCAGCCCCGUGUGCCGGGGACCUGCUGACCGACAUCCCCCCGCUGACAGGCGAGAGCAUCCUCACCCCCCUGAGCCCAGCCCCGCUCCCCCCGGCCGCGCCGGCGCGGGGCGAGGAGGAAGGGGUGGAAGCGGAGACCCCCGAGCAGCCGGGUGCCGCAGUGCCAGCCUGUCCCUGCGAGCCGGAGGUGACGAGCCGGCUGGCCGGGGACACGGUGGUCACCGCUGUGCCCUCCCACAGCCUGUCCCUCUUCGCCGGCAUGGAGCUGGUGGCCCGUCCCGGCGCGGUGCUCUGCCCGGACUCUCCGCCGGCAGAGCCACGGACACGGUCCGGGCCUGAGGACAGACAAAUGGACGCAGAGGGCAGCCGGCAGCCGUCGGCCUUCGCCUUUCUCAACAUGUAGCUGCUGUCGGGCUCCCCGGGGUGGGGGCUGCAGGGGGCUUUGCCCCCACCCCACCCCCCCCCGAGGGGCCUGUUGUGCCACGGCUCCCCGUGGGCAGCUUGGUGGGGACGGGGACCCCACAGCACCCCGGGGAAAAACAAAAGGGAUGAGGGGCGGGGGGCUGCCGAGGGGACGCGGGGUGUGAAAUGACCGCGGCGGCCAGGGCUGUGAUAAGAUUAUAAUGUCCCUCUCCUUGUUUUUUUGGUUUUUUUUUUUUUUUUUUUUUUUUUUGGCCAAAAGUCCCCCAUUUCCCGGGGCUGGUUGCUGCUGCCCCUCGUGGGGCCGGGCUGCGCGGGGGAACCGGGGCGGAGCUGGCGGGGGCACGGCCGUGGGGUGCUCCUGGGUGCCCUCCAGCCUUGGCAGGAGAAGGUGCCGGCCCGGGGGGGCCGGGACCCACCAAUAAACCCCACGCGCGGGUCUGGGAA